AUGUCUAUCCUUACUUUUCUAGUGAUAUGCAGCUUUCGAGGAUCUGUCCCUCAAGGAUUGGUUUUAGAAAUAGGAGAAACAGUCCAGAUUCUUGAAAAAUGUGAAGGUUGGUACAGAGGAGUUUCAACAAAAAAGCCAAAUGUAAAGGGGAUAUUUCCUGCAAAUUAUAUUCACUUGAAAAAGGCUAUUGUCAGUAAUAGGGGGCAAUAUGAAACUGUGGUUCCACUUGAAGAUUCUAUUGUGACCGAGGUUACAGCAACUUUACAAGAAUGGGCCAGUCUGUGGAAACAAUUAUAUGUUAAACACAAAGUAGAUCUUUUCUACAAGCUACGUCAUGUGAUGAAUGAACUUAUUGACCUGCGAAGGCAGCUACUGUCUGGUCAUUUGACUCAGGAUCAGGUGCGGGAGGUUAAACGGCAUAUCACAGUGCGCCUGGACUGGGGUAAUGAACAUUUAGGUCUGGACCUGGUUCCCCGGAAGGACUUUGAAGUAGUGGAUUCAGACCAGAUUAGUGUCUCCGACCUCUAUAAGAUGCAUUUGUCUAGCCGGCAGAGUGUACAACAAAGCACAUCCCAGGUGGAUACAAUGCGCCCACGCCAUGGUGAAACCUGUCGGAUGCCAGUGCCACAUCACUUCUUCCUCAGCCUGAAGAGUUUUACCUAUAACACCAUUGGGGAAGAUACUGAUGUUUUCUUUUCUCUAUAUGACAUGAGAGAAGGCAAGCAGAUCAGUGAGCGGUUUCUGGUGAGACUGAACAAGAAUGGUGGACCACGGAACCCAGAGAAGAUAGAACGAAUGUGUGCCCUUUUUACAGAUCUGAGCAGCAAAGACAUGAAGAGAGACUUAUAUAUUGUUGCCCAUGUGAUCCGAAUAGGCCGGAUGCUCCUGAAUGACUCCAAGAAGGGCCCUGCCCACCUGCACUACAGGCGACCAUAUGGCUGUGCAGUGCUUAGCAUCUUGGAUGUCCUACAGUCACUCACAGAAUUAAAAGAAGAAAAGGAUUUUGUUCUCAAGGUUUACACGUGCAACAACGAGAGUGAGUGGGCCCAGAUCCACGAGAACAUCAUCCGAAAGUCCAGUGCCAAGUACUCUGCCCCCAGCGCCAGCCAUGGUCUUAUUAUCUCUUUGCAGCUUCUUCGUGGAGACAUGGAACAGAUUCGGAGAGAAAAUCCCAUGAUAUUUAAUAGGGGAUUGGCUUUUACAAGAAAAUUGGGAUUUCCUGAUGUCAUAAUGCCAGGUGAUAUCCGCAAUGACCUGUACCUCACCCUAGAGAAGGGCGAUUUUGAGAGAGGGGGAAAGAGUGUACAAAAGAAUAUUGAAGUGACCAUGUAUGUGCUUUAUGCGGAUGGAGAAAUCUUGAAGGAUUGCAUCAGCUUGGGUUCAGGAGAGCCAAAUAGGAGUUCUUAUCACUCUUUUGUCCUCUACCACAGUAAUAGUCCUCGUUGGGGAGAAAUUAUCAAAUUGCCUAUCCCCAUUGACAGAUUCCGGGGCUCCCACCUGCGCUUCGAGUUCAGACAUUGUUCCACAAAGGACAAAGGAGAAAAGAAACUCUUUGGCUUUGCAUUCUCACCCUUGAUGCGUGAUGAUGGCACCACCCUCUCCGAUGAUAUUCAUGAGCUUUAUGUAUACAAGUGUGAUGAGAAUAGCACAUUUAACAACCAUGCUCUGUACCUGGGCCUGCCCUGCUGCAAAGAGGAUUACAACGGCUGCCCUAAUAUCCCCUCCAGCCUCAUCUUCCAGCGCAGCACAAAAGAGUCUUUCUUCAUUUCUACUCAACUCUCUUCUACCAAACUCACCCAGAAUGUGGACCUACUUGCUCUACUGAAAUGGAAGGCCUUUCCAGAUCGGAUCAUGGACAUCCUAGGGCGGCUGCGGCAUGUCAGUGGGGAGGAAAUUGUUAAGUUUCUGCAGGAUAUCUUAGAUACACUCUUUGUGAUUUUGGAUGACAAUACAGAGAAAUAUGGCCUGUUGGUUUUUCAAUCUCUGGUUUUUAUCAUCAACCUGCUUCGAGACAUCAAAUAUUUCCAUUUCCGACCUGUGAUGGACACAUACAUCCAGAAGCACUUUGCUGGAGCCCUGGCAUACAAGGAGCUCAUCCGCUGUUUGAAGUGGUAUAUGGACUGCUCAGCAGAACUGAUUCGGCAGGACCACAUUCAGGAAGCCAUGCGGGCCUUGGAGUACCUUUUCAAGUUCAUUGUACAGUCUCGGAUCCUGUACUCACGAGCCACAUGUGGGAUGGAAGAAGAGCAAUUUCGGUCUAGCAUUCAAGAACUUUUCCAGUCUAUCCGGUUUGUGCUCAGUCUGGACAGCAGAAACUCAGAAACACUCCUUUUCACCCAGGCUGCACUCCUGAAUUCUUUCCCAACUAUAUUUGAUGAACUGUUGCAAAUGUUCACUGUGCAAGAGGUGGCAGAGUUUGUGAGAGGGACUCUGGGGAGCAUGCCCAGCACUGUGCACAUCGGGCAGUCAAUGGAUGUGGUGAAGCUGCAGUCUAUCGCCAGGACAGUGGACAGUCGCCUUUUUUCAUUUUCAGAAUCCCGCCGCAUCCUGCUUCCUGUGGUUCUCCAUCAUAUUCACCUUCACCUGAGGCAACAGAAAGAGCUGCUAAUCUGCUCAGGGAUUCUCGGCAGCAUCUUCUCCAUCAUCAAGACCAGCUCUCUGGAAGCAGAUGUCAUAGAAGAGGUAGAGAUGAUGGUGGAGAGCCUCCUGGACGUGCUCUUGCAGACUCUACUCACCAUCAUGAGUAAAUCGCACGCUCAGGAGGCGGGCGAGUAUGUAUCCUGCCUUCUCUCAUUGCUUCGUCAGAUGUGUGAUACUCAUUACCAACACCUUCUGGACAACUUCCAGAGCAAAGAUGAACUCAAGGAAUUCUUGCUGAAGAUUUUCUGUGUGUUCCGAAACCUGAUGAAGAUGAGUGUUUUCCCUCGGGAUUGGAUGGUAAUGCGGCUGCUUACAAGCAAUAUUAUAGUCACUACUGUCCAGUACCUGUCUUCUGCACUACACAAGAAUUUCACAGAGACAGAUUUUGACUUCAAGGUGUGGAAUUCUUACUUUAGCCUGGCAGUUCUGUUCAUAAAUCAGCCAAGCCUUCAGCUAGAAAUCAUUACCCCAGCCAAGAGGAAGAAGAUUCUAGAUAAGUAUGGGGACAUGCGUGUGAUGAUGGCUUAUGAACUCUUCAGCAUGUGGCAGAAUUUGGGUGAACAUAAGAUCCACUUUAUUCCUGGAAUGAUUGGUCCUUUCUUGGGUGUAACACUGGUCCCACAGCCAGAAGUGCGGAAUAUUAUGAUCCCCAUCUUUCAUGACAUGAUGGACUGGGAGCAGAGGAAAAAUGGCAACUUCAAACAGGUGGAGGCCGAGCUGAUUGACAAGCUGGACAGCAUGGUGUCAGAAGGGAAAGGUGAUGAGAGCUACAGGGAGCUCUUCGGCCUGCUAACCCAGCUGUUUGGGCCAUACCCCAGCCUACUGGAGAAGGUUGAACAGGAAACGUGGCGUGAGACAGGCAUUUCCUUUGUUACCUCAGUCACCCGCCUCAUGGAACGCCUUCUUGACUACAGGGACUGCAUGAAAGGAGAGGAAACAGAGAACAAGAAGAUUGGCUGCACUGUUAACCUAAUGAACUUCUACAAAUCUGAAAUUAACAAGGAAGAAAUGUAUAUCCGAUAUAUCCAUAAGCUUUGUGACAUGCAUUUACAGGCUGAAAACUAUACAGAGGCUGCCUUCACCCUGCUCCUUUACUGUGAGCUGCUGCAGUGGGAGGAUCGGCCGCUGCGAGAGUUCCUCCACUACCCAUCCCAGACAGAGUGGCAGCGGAAAGAGGGUCUGUGCCGGAAGAUCAUCCACUACUUCAACAAAGGCAAGAGCUGGGAGUUUGGGAUCCCACUAUGCAGAGAGCUGGCAUGUCAGUAUGAGAGCCUCUACGAUUACCAGAGCCUCAGCUGGAUUCGGAAAAUGGAAGCCAGCUACUAUGACAACAUUAUAGAGCAGCAGCGCCUGGAGCCUGAGUUCUUUAGGGUUGGCUUCUAUGGCAGGAAGUUUCCUUUCUUCCUUCGGAACAAAGAAUAUGUGUGCCGUGGCCAUGACUACGAGAGGCUCGAGGCCUUCCAGCAAAGGAUGCUCAGCGAGUUUCCACAGGCUGUCGCCAUGCAGCACCCCAACCACCCCGAUGACACCAUCCUACAGUGUGAUGCUCAGUACUUGCAGAUCUAUGCAGUGACACCCAUUCCAGAUUAUGUGGAUGUUCUGCAGAUGGAUAGAGUGCCAGAUCGUGUCAAGAGCUUCUAUCGAGUCAACAAUGUGAGGAAGUUCCGGUACGACAGGCCUUUCCACAAGGGCCCCAAGGACAAGGAGAAUGAAUUCAAGAGCCUGUGGAUUGAGCGUACCACCCUGACUCUGACCCACAGCCUGCCUGGCAUCUCUCGGUGGUUUGAAGUGGAGAGGAGAGAACUGGUGGAGGUGAGCCCUCUGGAGAAUGCCAUCCAGGUUGUUGAGAACAAGAACCAGGAGCUGCGAGCCCUGAUCAGCCAGUAUCAACACAAGCAGGUGCACGGCAACAUCAACCUGCUCAGCAUGUGCUUGAAUGGUGUUAUUGAUGCCGCAGUCAAUGGAGGCAUUGCACGCUACCAGGAGGCCUUCUUUGAUAAAGAUUACAUCACCAAGCACCCAGGAGAUGCAGAGAAGAUUGCCCAACUCAAAGAGCUAAUGCAGGAGCAGGUCCAUGUCCUUGGAAUUGGGCUAGCAGUCCAUGAAAAGUUUGUACACCCAGAAAUGAGGCCUCUGCAUAAGAAGUUGAUUGAUCAGUUCCAAAUGAUGCGGGCCAGUCUGUACCAUGAGUUUCCAGGUUUGGAUAAACUAAGUCCUGCAUGUUCAGGCUCCAGCACUCCCCGGGGAAAUGUUCUGGCAUCCCAUAGUCCAAUGAGCCCUGAAAACAUCAAGAUGACCCACCGGCACAGCCCCAUGAACUUGAUGGGCACAGGCCGCCAUUCAUCAUCCUCUCUCUCCUCACAUGCGUCUAGUGAAGCGGGAAACAUGGUGAUGAUGGGCGACAGCUCCAUGGGCGAGCCUCCUGAGGACCUGUACCACCACAUGCAGCUCACGUAUCACAACCCCAGGUACCAGGGCUCAGUCACCAACGUCUCUGUUCUGUCCUCGUCCCAGGCAAGCCCUUCUUCCUCCAGCUUGAGUUCCACUCACUCAGCACCAUCCCAGAUGAUUACUUCUGCUCCUUCCAGUGCCCGAGGCUCUCCCUCUCUGCCAGAUAAGUACCGCCAUGCCCGGGAAAUGAUGUUGCUGCUGCCUACACACCGGGACCGCCCAAGCAGUGCCAUGUAUCCAGCAGCCAUCCUGGAGAACGGACAGCCACCAAACUUCCAGCGGGCCCUGUUCCAGCAAGUAGUUGGAGCCUGCAAGCCCUGCAGUGAUCCCAAUCUGUCUAUGGCUGAGAAAGCGGUCCCAGCAGCCCCCAGCAGCUGGAGUCUGGAUAGCGGAGCCCACGAGGCCCAGCCCUUCCUGUCUGCCCACAUGGGGCCCAUCCUGGCUCCCCCAGUGCCUCCCCGAAGCCUGCUACAUGGUCAUUAUUCCCUACACUUUGAUGCCUUCCACCAUCCUCUGGGUGACACCCCUCCAGCCCUCCCUGCUAGAACCCUGCGCAAGUCUCCACUCCAUCCCAUCCCAGCCUCUCCCACAAGCCCUCAAUCAGGCCUGGAUGGCAGCAACUCCACACUGUCUGGCAGUGCCAGCAGUGGUGUGUCCUCCUUGAGUGAGAGUAACUUUGGGCACUCCUCCGAGGCCCCGCCCCGAACCGACACCAUGGACUCCAUGCCAAGCCAGGCCUGGAAUGGCGACGAAGACCUUGAGCCACCCUACCUCCCUGUCCACUACAGCCUCUCCGAGUCCGCUGUCCUGGACUCCAUCAAGGUCCAGCCCUGUCGAAGCCACUCAGCCCCCGGGUGCGUCAUCCCUCAGGACCCCACGGACCCGCCUGCGCUGCCACCCAAGCCCUAUCACCCCCGCUUGCCAGCCCUGGAGCAUGACGAAGGCAUGCUGCUGCGUGAAGAGACAGAGAGGCCCAGAGGCCUGCAUCGCAAGGCCUCCCUGCCUCCCGGGAGCAUCAAGGAGGAGCAGGCCCGCAUGGCCUGGGAGCAUGGCCGAGGCGAGCAGUGAAGAGCAGGGCGGCAGCUGUCACUUUCUGUGAGCAGCUUGCCCCAGCACUCCAGGUCUGAAAAGCAAACCCCUCCCAGGGAGCUGGAGAGGCUUGGCACUCAGGAGAGAACCACCUCGAGUCUGUUCUACUGCCGUGAACUCAUGUGUUGCCAUGUUCAGAGUCCACAGCAGCAUGAAGGGUUGUGGUAUCUUUUUAUUUCAUUUUUUUUACGCUUCCAUUUCUAUGAAUUUUCCUUUCUUUCCUUUAUGCAGUAGAUGCUUUCUUCCUCCUGCAGUUCCAGACCACAUGGAGCUAUACAGAGAUAUUGCACAGACAAAUUGCUUUACAGCAUUGCAGGGCCCAGGAGCAGGAGCCCAGGUUCUCCCUCCAGGGUUGAGAUGCACAGAAGAAUGGAAAUUGCACUAGGGACCUCUUCCUUUGCUGUGUGGACAGGAAAGUUCAUGGUUGCAUUCAGGGAUUGCAAGGACCACAUGGGCUACAUGUCACUGGUGGACACAAAGGGGCCACAAGCUGUUUUUGCACAAAUGCUUGUCCGCCUGCCCACUCUUCCAUCCAGGAGUGUGCAACUGAGGGCUGGUCGGGCCAACCUGCCAAUUCAGGCAUGUGACUAGCCUAACUGCAUGCCCAGGGCACACUGCCAGGCUUCCAUGGGCCAGCCUUGUCUCCUAUUCCACCUUGGACUUUGCUCAUCACUUGUAUUUGACUGGUUGUUCCCCUCCACUCAGAACACCUCCUGAAGCCUCCCUGGUGAAUGGACCGGCAGGGUUGUCUGCCCCCCGCUGAGGCUUGGCUCUCUGGAGGAGCAGAGCCAGAAGGGCUCUUGCUCCUAGAGGCUCGGCCCCUUCUCAAGUGCAAGAGAGAGAUGGUGGAAGAAUAAGGCUCGGGUGUGGCAGGGGCCAGAAAGCUGCUAAGCUUUCACAGGUGGCUAAACGCCUGCCAUUAGCUCCUGAAUCAGGGAUUUUUCAGCACUACCUCUGAGCCAUGGGGUUGGCUGCCCAGCCAGGCUUCCAGGCCCUGAGGACAUGUGGUCAGAUGCAGUAAACUCCUGGGUAAAAAGGGUGGGAAGAAACUUCUCCUUUUGGAAGUAGCCACACCGAAUUUCAUCUUCCAAGUAGCCAAGUACAGCACCCCGCACUAGGCCCAUGGGGACCACCACUCAGGGUUCGUUUGGGGCAGGCAGGACCAUAGUUUCUCCAGCCACCCCAGUCUGUUGGGCAGGGUGCAGUGUUAGUCUUUAUAGGAAACUCUUUCAGGUCAGGGCACUGAUUAUUCCUCUUGAUGUAUUAUUUGGGGGGACAGGGUGGGGUGGGUAUAGUACUAUUUUACCAGGGUGCUUCUAAGUUACUUAAAAAAAAAAAAAGCUGUCUUUGAGACAAUUUUUUUUCUUUCAUUUGCUAGAGUUCACAUUACUGAUGGUCAUGAUUGCCUUCUUAUUGCACAGGUGUGUUGCAGCCAGUUCCGUUGGCUGGCCUGGCUGGCCUCCAUGGCCAGGCCCUGGACCCUAAUCCUUCAUCCCUUCCCCACAAUCCCUUUCCAAAAAGAAAAGGCCAUGAUCAAGGUGUUUUGCUCUUGUAAACAAAUGCCAACUUGUUUUUACUGAAAUGCCAGCAAGUAACCUAUGGGAAAGUACAGAAGCGCCUGUCUGGGGGUUAUGACCAGUGUGGGGCUUUUCUGAUCCAGUCAGGAUUCCU